AAGUUGCGCCAGACGGUAUCUUUGCAAGAUGGCAGCUGUCGAGCUAGCAUUUCAAGAGAGAGUUUCCCUUCUCUAUCUACUGUGGAGAGCAGAGCAGCGGGGAAAAAGACGUCCUCGCUGUACCUGGGUCCAUCAGGUCCUCCAGAGGCGUGAGCACUUUGGAGAGUUUCACCACUUGCUCCAGGAACUGCGCUUGGAUGACGGCCGAUUCCAGCGAUAUCACCGUCUUUCACUCGGCCAGUUUGAGGACCUGCUGUCCCGCGUCGGUCUGAGAAUCGCCCGCCUAGACACCAACUACAGGCGCUCAAUCCCACCUGCAGAGCGCCUGUCCAUCUGCCUGAGGUUCCUUGCCACCGGGGACUCCUUCAGGACCAUUGCGUUCAGUUUUCGAGUUGGUGUGUCUACCGUGAGCCAGAUCAUCCCCCAGGUAGCGACAGCCAUCUGGGACUGUCUAGUGGAUGAUUUCAUGGCUGUGCCUUCACUGGGAGACUGGCAGUCCAUUGCAGAGGAAUUCCAGGAGCGCUGGCACUUCCCUCUCUGCUGCGGAGCUCUGGAUGGGAAGCACGUUCAGACGAAGGCACCCCCCAACUCAGGAUCCAUGUUCUACAACUACAAGGGAACAUUCUUCAUUGUUCUCCUUGCGGUUGUGGAUGCAAGGUAUCGCUUCCGAGUUAUUGAUGUUGGGGGUACGGGAGGACCAGCGACGGGGGUAUUCUGGCCAACUCCACCUUUGGUCAGGCUCUUCGGGCUGGGACUCUCCAUCUGCCUCCUGACCAGCCUCUACCUGGUGGAGAACACCGUGGAGCCCAGCCCCAUGUGUUUGUGGCUGAUGAAGCGUUCCCGCUGCGGCGUGAGCUGA